AUGCUUCCCGCCGUGCCUGUUGCGCCGGCGCGCAGCGGAGACGAGGGCGAGCAAUCUUGUGUGGGCGGCGAGCGGUCGCUCAAGCGCCGAGCCGCCUUCACAGCAGCUGUGGAGGCCGACGCCAGCUUUGCCGGCAAGAGCCCAGCAGCCAAGGCGCUAGCAGCUCAGCUGAUGGACAAGUAUGACCGCAACCAAGAUGGCGUAUUCGACCUCGGCGAGGUGGUCGACAUCGUUGAGGACGUGCAGGCGGAGCGCAAGGCGAAGGACGAGGCGAGGCGGAUGAACUGGGUGCUAGGCCGCGUCGUCAUUGUCGCCGUUGUUGCACUCGUCGCUGUCGUGGGCGUGAAUGCUGGGCUGACUUGGCACGUCGUCGACACAAGCAAGGACACAGACACCUCCAAUGACGCCCACGCCCUCACCGACCGUGACAACAACAUCGUCGCCACCCGCCCAAGCGAGCUGAAGCUGCCCCUUCUCGCAGGGCCCAUCUUGCCGCUCGAGACGCUUGCCACCACCGACCGACUUGUGGUGCGGCACGAGAGUGGCGACUCGACCGUCACAGCCUCGCUCAAGGUGAGCGACGUCACAAAGUACUCCAACACCCACGUCGCCUUCCACCUCAACCUCGGCGGGAAGGUGGAGAUUCUCAACGGAGCGGCAACCUACACUGACCGGGAAGGCAUCGUACACCAGCUCUGCGAGGCGGACGUGACUUGCUCCGCAUUCACCGCUGAGGAGGCGACCAGCAGCUCACUGGAGCUGCUCGCCGCCGCCGAUGCGGCGCUCGAGGCGGCUGGUUUCCCGCGCGCCGCGGCUGGAGACGGCAGGCGGCGCCUCUCGACGAGCUACUGCGCACGGACCUGCACAAAGUACAGCAAGAACGGCGAGUGUCCGGCUUCGGCGGAUUGGCCAGGCUUCGGCACGAAUUGUCGCUCAGACUUGGUGGCGAAAUCGCAGUGCCCGCAGGCCUACUGCCAAUACGACUCGCACUGCGCCUCCGGGAGCUGCGGGAGCGCUAGCCUCUGGAACUCGAUGUCGGACUGCUUCGCAUACGUAUCGGCGGUUGUAUCGGCUCACGCGUGGGCGGCGAAUGGAGAUGAAUUGUGCGUCUCCUAUUCGGGAUCGACGUGCGAGGUGUAUGAGGCAACUCGGGUAGAGAACGGCGACGACUACUUUUACUGCGCUGGUAUUGAGAUUGUUCCUGCCCCACCGUCGCCACCCCCAACCUACAGCGACUACAGCAUCCAUCGGGACUACAAGUGCCAGGACGUCUCCAACCCGCUGGGCAACAAGGACAGCGCCGAGAGCUGCCGAAACGCGUGUGUCGAACACGCCACCGACAAUGGCUACCACCACGAAUUCUGCUGCUCGUACGACACCCAGGACGAGUCAUGUCGCGUCUCGCAAGACGGCAGCAGCUCCUACACGGCGAACAACAACUGGAAGGCCUUUAGGUAUUGA